AUGAUCAAGUUCGUUGCUGCCCUGCUCCUCGCUGCCGCCCUUGCAGCCACCUGCAGUGCCGGACAUGCGGAGAACGUGCCGGAUUGGCCCACGGGCUUCUCCACCACAUACUACUACGUUGUGGAGGACUCGACCACGGGCAAGAACGAGACGACCGAGGCCGAGAUGUUCUACUCGUACACUGAUGAACUCAAGGGCUGGGUCUGGGCCAUGCAGGAGGACGUUGGAGCUUGCCGCGCCUACGCCGUUGCCGAGGGCAAGAACGAGACUCAGGCGUGCGUCGUCUACAUGAUGCUGCCCGAGUCGGACCUCUGCUGCGAGAUCGCUCCGGUUGGCCCGGUCUUCCCCUCGUGGGUCGCCAACUUUACGUACGAAACGACCGUGCCGUACGGUUCGGAGGAGAAGGCUGAUGUCUUUGAGUUCCAGGCCAACCAGCUCAACUUCUACCUCAUGCUCGCCGACUCGCACGACAUCACCGACUCGCUUGGUUUUGGCAUUAUCAAGCCGUUCUUCGGCUUCUUCUUUGAGCAGGGCACGUUUGAGGUCGCUCCACAGCCGCCGCAGUACUUUGCGCCGCAACCGAUGUGCGCCUCCGCCACCUCGUGCUCGUCCUCGGUCUCGAGCUCGCUCGCUGCCUUCCUCUAG